UUUUUUUCGGCUUCUUUUACACUAAACCUUUGCAUUUAUUCGCGAUCAUCCGUUUGCCCAAAACACAUUACAAAUUCCUGCGUGAAAGAGAAGCCCGCGUCUUCUGAAAACUCUUUUGGAACCUGUAUUCUCCACUUCCCUUCCCUCUGAGACAAAUAGAAUUAACUAAUAUCAAAUCACCGACAAUCGAAUCGGACGAGAAUUUCACUCAGAAAGCAGCAACAACUUAAAUCCGAAACCCGCUUCAAGAUGGCCAUACCGCCACCACCGGGACCACCGCCACCGCCAGGGCCCCCGCCACCCCCGGCCAUGGGCGGCUUGAAGCUGGGCGGCGGUGGAGGCAAAGGUGGUGCAGAUCCCCGCUCUGCCCUCCUCAGCUCCAUCCAGAAGGGCACCAAGCUCCGCAAGACGAACACCGUGGACAAGAGCGGACCGGCGAUAUCGGGGAAGGUAUGUGGAGCAGAUGCCGCAGCAGGAGCGGGAGUUGGAGGCGCCAAGCGAACCCUCAAUAACAACACCAGCACCAGCAACAACAACAACAACAGCAGUAGUAGCAGCAGCAGCAGCAACGGCCUUGGCAAUGGAGCCCCCAAAUUGGGGGGCCUGUUCGAAGGCUACUCGCAAAUGCCGAAGCUAAAGCCCGUGAAUGGCUAUCGCAGUACACCUGCAGCCGGAGCAGCAGCAGCAGCGACUCCACAACCACCAGCCGGAAUAGCAGCGGCCGCAAUAGCACAGCAGCAGCAACGAAGCCAUAGCCCCCCUACAGCCGUCACUGCCGCUGCCGCAUCCAGCAACGGACCCAUGGACUUCAAUACAGAGCUGGCCAUGCACCUAACAUUGAAGCGCCAGAAGGCGCAGCAGAAGCAGCAACAAUCGCCGCAAGCACCCAGCGGCACCCAGCAUAUCAAUGCCACAGAAGCAAAUCUGAAAACAAAUCGGGGACCUCCACCGCAACCGCCAAAGCAAACCAACUCAAGUGAUUCGAUAUUGGAGCGCAUGAAUAUCGCACCCCGCGCUGCCCUGCCACCAGCUGCCGCCGUCAAAGCUGCCUCGCCCACGCUCUCGGAGAGCGGCAGCAACAGCAGUGGCAGCGUCAAGAGAAAGGCGGGCAAUCUGAAUAUCUCGUUAGGGAAUAGUUUUGUAAAUAGUUCGAUGGCAAAAACCACUGCGAGUGCUUCCACGACGUCGCUGAACUCGAGCAGAACGUCCUCGGCAGGAUCGCUACGCAACCUGGCGCCCAAUAAGUCAACUUUGUUCGGUGGUGCUGGUUCUUCUAUUGGUGGUGGUGGUUCACAGCAAACAUCGCCUCCAUCCACGGCCACGCCCACACCGUUGCCAUCUCUAGCGCAGUCCCAUACGCAAACACAGAUUCAGUCACAGCAGCAGAAGCCGGCCAUCAGCUUUGGCAAGCCGAACUUUGCACCAAAGCCGCCGGGGCUCCAGCAGUUGAUUCUGGUUAACGGGCAGCAGCGUCCGGCGGUGACGCGGCACCACAGCAUGAAGUCGCCUAGAUCUCCGCCAGCGUCUGGGCCUAUGCUGCCUCCCACCCUCCAGCAUUUUGGGACGAUGCGGGCUCCGCUCCAGCUGCAGGGCAUCGACGGAAGCGUCGCCAGCAUGCGCUGUGCCCCCAAUCCACCAAAGUCACGACCAUCGGUGAAGCCUCCACCUCCGCCAACACCGGCGCGGAGCUUCUCCAACAGCAAUCUGAGCAACAUCGGAGCUGGAUCAUCUGCAGCGCCGUUAAGUGCCGUCAACACGGCCCUGGUGCAGAGUGCGGCGACUACGACUCAGGCCCCUUCGACUCCCAUUACCCAACCGCCCUCCACUUCGAGUAGCAGUAGCAGCGUGGCCGCCCUGCGUGACCAGUUCCGUGCGGUUGGCAUCGGGAACGGUAUGAAUGGUAUGAACGGUGGGAAUGGGAAUUCCUCGCCACCGCUGCCGCCGCUGCCUACCCCAGCAUCAGUGUCGUCGGCCUCAUCAUCGACUACGGCCAGCCCCAAGUCUUCGACCGUCCGGCCAAUCAUACUGAAUGGGGGACCCAUCAUCAAUCCACCAGCCCCGCCGCCGCACCGCAGCUGUCCGCCUCCACCGCCGCCGCAGCGACAAUCGAGCACUAAUGUUCGAGUGAAGCACUGGUUGUUCAAGAGGCUGUUCUCGCUUAGCAAAUAUCUGAAACGGAACUACUGCCACAGCCGCCCACCAUUCAAGGUUAUCAAAAUGCUGAUGCUCCACGGCAAGCGCAACGCUGGAUCCGGAUCAGGUUCGGGUGCUGGAGCGCCAGUGCCGCCACAGCGUCACUCAUCCAUACGGCCCAAUGCCCCGCUGACUCCACCCACGCACAUGGCCAACGCCUCGCAUCAGUUUGGCAGCAAUUCAGGACUGUCGGCAGGAGGAGGAGCAGGAUGUGCAACUGUGGGCCGCCUGGUCAUCGAUUUGGAGACAAAGUUCGGGAAGCGAUUCCACAACGUGACCGAGUUCCCCAAGCCGCCGCCGUUUCUUAAUAUACAAAAAAUCUAUCCUAGUCGAACGUUUAAGGCGAGCAACGCUGCCGCCCAGACGCCUAGCAACAACAACAACAGCAUCAACAACAACAUUUCGGCUGUCUGCAACAACAAUGCCAGCAUAAAUACCAAUUCAAUGGCUCCGGUGGGAAGAGGUACACUGCCGCCAGCACUGAAGCCAGCCUAUGCACCACUGAAGAAGCAUCGGGCACCUGCACCACCGCCUCAGGCAGGCGUGGCCGCUGCCACAGUGUCCGUAAUACGGCAAUCUAGUUUCUUGUACGGCGGCGGAGUAGCCGGAACGGCCGGUAGUGCCUCCUCCUCCGUUCGACCCCAAUCACAGGCGGCGGGAAGUGUGGCGCGCAACUCGACGGUCUGCUGAGACGAUCCAUAUCGUUGCCCAUGAGUUGUACAUAAUGCGGAUAUACGGUGUGGCACGGUGCGGAGUGAUUGUACUAAAUUUUACGAAAGGUUGAUCAAAUAAAAGUGGAACAAUACCAAA